GGUAGCCCCACACUGAAACAGCAAUCUAAACUUUCUCGCAGCAAUGGCUCGGAAGGAUCUGCGUCUGCUCCCUCGCCGGCGGCAGCGCGAUGAGGAGGACCGCCUUACUGCCCUCCCCGACGAUAUGCUCCUCCACAUCCUGGGCCGUCUCGACACCCGCUGCGCGCUUGGGGCGGGGACGCUCUCCAGGCGCUGCGCCCACGUCCUCCGGGAGCUCCCCGUCCUGGAUCUCAAGGUCACCGAUGCGCUGCCACCGCGCUACCGUGGGAUCCUCGCCCUUCGCCGAGAAGCAACUGGACCGUUCUUCCUGCCCGAGUCUCGCCAGAGGCUAAUCGACAUCGCGGCACGGUACGAGCGCCGCGCCAUGCGCGCCAUGGCCGCCUCGGUCAAGGGCCUCCUCCUGACUCACACUCACCGGCGGCGGCGCAUGCAGAGGCUGUCGCUGGAGGUUUUCGCCCACAGCAGCAGCGCGGCCUGCAUCAACCGCUUGAUCCUGUACGCGGUCGAUUCCUGGGGCGUCCGGGACCUCGAGCUUGUCGCCACGCCGCCUACGGGUCCGUUCGGCCGCUCCCCGCCGGUGUACAGACUCCCCCGUGGACGCAUCAGCAGAAAGCCGGGCGCAUCUCGGCUGCAAAGCCUCAAGCUUGCCAACUGCUUGCCCCCGCCGCUUCAGGGGUUCACCGCGCUCGCCAAGCUCGUCCUGCAGGACCUGCCGGAGACCACGCCCGCGGCCGUCUACGAGGGCGUGGUCACCGCCUGCCCGCAGCUGCAAGUUCUGCACCUCUUGUCCUGCUCUUUGGAAAGAGGAACCAGUAGGGCGGUAUUCGACGCCCCCAUGUCAGAAAUUAGGGAGCUCGUCAUCGACGGCCACAUCAUGGCCGUCGAGCUCCGCUCUCUCCCCAAGCUUGAGAGCCUGGCCACCUUGCGCGCGUCUGUGUUCUUGCGCUCCGCCACCGCCGCCCCGCGCCUUGCCAAUGUGAGCUUCGCCUUCUCUGUUGGCCAACUGGAAGGGCACCAAUUAGCUGGUCUAUGUUGCAUGAAGCGGAACCACAUUGUCAACAUGCUCACCGGAUUCUUCAAACAUGCCGUCAGCAUGACGGAUCUUGUCCUGCGGUUCACAGGGCCAGACAUGUGGAUUGCGCCUUCCAAGAAUCCUUUUUCCCUCAUGUCCAAUUUGAGGAGGCUACUGGUUGCAGAUGUGCCUUCCUCCUGGGAUGUCUCGUGGCCCCAUCUCCUCAUCGAGGCAGCGCCAUUGCUUGAGAGCCUGUAUGUACAUGUCCCCCGAUGCGGGGAGGACGACGAGCACACAUGUCAGGAGAUAAUAGAACCCUCUGCUUCCUCUACUCGGUGGCGCCACCGCCAUUUGAAGGAGCUGGUGGUCAUUGGCUUUCAGAGAACAGACACACAGACACAGCUUCUUCGCCUUGUCAGAUUCACCGUGCAAGUAUCCAUGGUGCUGCGCCGUGUCGCUCUGUACAAGCAUGGACAUGUGGAGGAGAAGGGGGCCUGUAACUGUAACUGGGAGGUGGUGAGCCAUCAUAGCACCUGGAGCAACCAAGAGAAACUUACUGUUCUGGACGGGAUUUGCUCUUCAACAGCCUCACUUGAAGUGGAGUUUGAUUGAAUUCAGUUUGUAUAUUGUAUGCAUGUGUCUUCAGUUAUGAUGCCUCUGGGCGUGAAUCAUACUCUUUGAGUCUGUUUGAUGUAAUAAUUUAUGUGCUAUUUAACUGAAUUGCUUCCUUCAGUUAUUUCUACUCCUCUGUAUCUGAACUUGCUCGGUAAAGAUGUAA